AUGAAACCCACCACUGUGCACGUUGCGCGAUGGGCCUCCCUGGCCAUGUUUCUCGCGCCGUCCACGGCUCUGGCGGCACUGCGGCCUCCGUUUAUCGACCCGGAGGCUCUCCCCGAUGUGUCGGUCUUCAAGGGACCUUGGGAGAGAUAUAUCAAAGCGCCGGCGAACAAGACGCAUAUUGUGCCGUCUCGCAUAUGGGACGCCGAGGGGAAUAUCACGACGUCGGGGUUCGAGGCGGUUGAGAUCGGCACUGCGGCCGUGGACACGUUCAGCCGCGGCAUCACAAUUGGGCCGGGUGCGGUGUUGACGCUGGAGUUUGAGGAGAACAUUGCUGGACGCGUAUGCUUCGAUGUAUCCUCCGCCGGCAACGACCCCGAGAUCUAUCUGGCGUACUCCGAAUCGUCGCUCUACGCCGGAACGCAGCCGGACACCACGACCGAGAAGUUGGAACGCGACCUGCCCCUGCACUUCGAGUUUGGCGAUACAGCCGGCACGGUGUGCGUGGGUAAGGAGUUUAUCAGGGGAGCCUUUAAGUACCUCACCCUCUCAAUGCCUGAGUACCCUGUCCUGUCCGACGACCGUAUCGUAGAGCAAGCUCGCCCAGAGGGCCAGGCCGUUCUCGGCGACGACGAUGACAACGACGACAAGAGCCAACAGGUCCUCGUCAACCCGUCCGGUAGAGAUCCUUACAAGAAGCCGUGGGUGACGCUUCAAAACCUGUGGGUUAACUGCACCGCCUUCCCUUCACAGAAAAACGGCCGCGCCUACUCGGGCUACUUCCACAGUUCGAGCAGCACCCUCAACCGCAUAUGGUAUGCCGGCGCCUAUACCCUCCAGCUCUCGACCAUCGACCCGCGCGAGGGCUCCGCCCUGAUCGACUACAACCGUGACUGGGACCACAACGAGUCGCCUACGGGGUCGUGGUACUCCAACUUCACCAUCGCCAACGGGACCGCAGUCACCACCGACGGCGCCAAGCGCGACCGCGUCGUCUGGCCCGGCGACAUGUCCAUCGCCAUCCCCGGAAUCGCCGUCAGCACCUACGACAUGACCGCCGUCCGCAACGCCCUCGAUGUCCUCUUCGACCACCAGUACCCCGACGGCUCGCUGCCAUACGCCGGCCCGCCUCUAGGCUUCCGCGGCGAGUUCAGCGACACGUACCACCUCCACACCCUCCUGGGCGCCUACAACUAUGUCAAGUUUUCGGGUGACGUCGAUUGGCUGGCACGGCGCUGGCCGGCAUACCUCAAGGCCCUGAAUGUGAGCAUCGACAAGGUGGACCACACCGGCCUCCUCCACGUCACCAGCGGCGCCGACUGGCUGCGCCCGGGCAUGACGGGCCACAACCUCGAGGCCAGCGCCUUGCUCAGCGCUGCACUGGACAAGAGCAUUAGGCUCGCCGGGUGGCUCGGCGACGACCGACCCGCAGCCCGCCCGCGCGGCGUCUGGUCCGGCCUGCGUAUGACGCUCAACUCUGGGAUCCAGCAGCUCUUCUGCAAAGACACGGGGCUCUACUCGGACAACAUUGGCCGGCGGAGCUGCCGCGGCCCGGAACACACCGACCCGCAGGACGGCAACAGCUGGGCCCUCAUCUCGGGCGCGACGCCGCGGUCCCGCCGCGCCGUGGUGUCGGGUAACCUGCAGUCACGGUGGACGAAGCAUGGCGCACCGGCCGUCGAGUUCCCCAACGUCAUCUCCCCCUUUGUGUCGUCGUUCGAGCUGCUCGCCCACGCCGCCGCCGACGACCAUGACGCGGCCGUCGAGCUGAUACUCCUCGAGUGGUCCUACCUCCUUGACGGGCCCGGCUUCACAAACAGUACCCUCGCCGAGGGCUUCAUGGUCGACGGCGGCGUGCAGUACCCAGCCUACUGGUCCGCGGCCCGCAACUCCCAUUGCCACGGGUGGUCCUCGGGCCCGACGAGCGUGCUGACAUCCGAGGUCCUGGGCAUCCAGCUCCUCGCCCCCGCCGGCGCCGAGUGGACCGUCCGCCCCCACCUCUCGAAAUGGCUCGCCUUCGCGAGGGGCGGCUUCGCGACGACAAAGGGCGUGUUCGAGGUGAAACUCACCCGCGUCGUGGCCUCGACCUCGUCCACGGCGACGCACCAGCACAAGCGACGGAGGGGCCAGGUCGUCGAGAUCACGGCGCCGGAGUUCACCAACGGCACGUUCGAGUGGGGCCCCUUUUCGCACAAAGUCGACGCCGAGGGUGGCCGGACGACGACAGCCUGGAUCGCUUGGGGCGAUGAGGACGACGAUGCCGCCUCGUUGGAGCAGCUCGACAUCGCGCUGGGGCGAGUCGAGGCGCCCAACGAGGAGGAGUGGCACCGCCAGAGCUUCAUCUACCGCGACGACACGCGGCUCAUCUUUGACGACGCCUGGGCGCCGCCGCCGAUGGCCGAGCGCGCCGCCGGCGAGGUCGACUGGGAUGCGCUGGAAGCAAACUACGUCAAGCCCCUCGCCGAGAUGUUUUGA